GAGCGCACUCAUAUUGCUGAAAACAAGUAUGAACCUUCUGUUUUUCUUUAUCCUCCUGGGAGCUUGUUCCUUGGGGCUAACGAUUUUAUGGACAAAAAUGCCCACUCCCGAAGAAAGUCGAGCUAUCGAUGCCAAGUUUAAAGAAUGUUGCAAGAAGUGCAAACCUGAAGAAGAAUUUUGCAGAUUCAGGUGUGAAGUAGUGGCAUUGCACAAGAAUUGAAACAAGC